UUAGCAUUUGCGGGGCUCGCCGGUGGCUCUGCGCACACACACUCUCUCUCACACACACACACUCACACUGGACUCACACGCUCAUCCACAACCUUAGCGUUUAUUUUGAUUCUGAGUUCACAAGACGUUUUGGUGGUUUCCCUCCCAGAAGAUUUUGUUGUUGUUGUUGUUGCAAGAAUUAUCUUUUUUUCCCCCUCAAGACUUUUCUUUGCCUGCGAGAAUUAUUCCCUGCUUCUGCCUCCCUUUUAGCAGCAGCUUUUGCCACCUCUGAAAAAAAAAUCCCCCCAAACCCAGAGAGAUCACUAGAUAUCCGCACGGCACGCUCCUCCUGGCGACUCUGAAGGAUGCUGCUGAUUUACUGCUGCUAAGGACCCUUUUGGAUUUGGGCAGCUUGUGUUUGAGACUCUCUCCCCUUCCUCCCUCACCCUCCUCCUCUGCAGAGGAAUCCCGUUGGGGUGAGCCCCUCUCCCCCCAAACCCCUACCCUCUUCGUGUCUCCUCCCCCGGUGAUUCCGUCGCCUUGCGAUUUGGGGGAGCCCCAUCCAUGAUGCAGGCUCGCUACUCCGUCUCCGACCCCAACGCCUUGGGAGUGGUGCCCUACUUGAGCGAGCAGAACUACUACCGGACCGCCGGGGCUUACAGCAACAUGAGCGUCUAUUCGGGCCACCCUGACCAGUACGCGGCCGGCAUGGGCCGCUCCUACGGGCCUUACCAUCACCACCAGCCGGCGGCCCCCAAGGACCUGGUGAAGCCUCCCUACAGCUACAUCGCUCUCAUCACCAUGGCCAUCCAGAACGCCCCGGACAAGAAGAUCACCCUGAAUGGGAUUUACCAGUUCAUCAUGGACCGGUUCCCCUUCUACCGGGAGAACAAGCAGGGCUGGCAGAACAGCAUCCGCCACAACCUCUCGCUCAACGAGUGCUUCGUCAAGGUGCCCCGGGACGACAAGAAGCCGGGCAAAGGCAGCUACUGGACGCUGGACCCGGACUCCUACAACAUGUUCGAGAACGGCAGCUUCCUGCGCCGCCGCCGGCGCUUCAAGAAGAAAGACGUGCCCAAGGAGAAGGAGGAGAGGCAGCCCAAGGAGCCGCCCAAGGCGCCGGGCGUCUCCAGCCCGGACCUCUCCAAGGAGGCCCCCGAGAAGAAGGUGGUCAUCAAGAGCGAGGCCUCCUCGCCCGACCUGCCGGUCAUCACCAAGGUGGAGACGCUGAGCCCGGGCAGCGGCAGCCCCAGGAGCGUAGCCUCCACCCCGUCGGUGUCCACCGAGAGCUCCCUCCCGGAGCACCACCCGGCCGGCAACGGGCUGCCGGGCUUCAGCGUGGAGAACAUCAUGACCCUGCGGACUUCUCCCGCGGGGGAGCUGAGCCCCGGGAGCGCCGCCUCCGGCCGGACAGGGGCAGGGCUGGUGGCUUCGCUGCCGCUGGGCUACCCCCAGGCGCAGCCCUCCAUCUACAGCCAGGCGUGCGGCCAGGGCAUGGACCCCAGCGGGAGCUACCAGUGCAGCAUGCGGGCCAUGAGCCUGUACACCGGGGACAGGUCGGGCCACAUGUGCGUCCCCACCACGCUGGAAGAAGCCAUCUCGGAGCAUCCCAACGGCACCUCCUCGCCUCUGGCCACCAUGAACCUGGCCUCCAGCCAGGAGAGCGCGCUGACCCCCAGCCACCCGCAUGCCAGCGGCGGGCCCGGGCAGCCGGCCGGCUCCUGGUACCUCAACCACGGCAGCGAGCUCAACCACCUCUCCGGGCACACGUUCGGCGCCCAGCAGCAGACUUUCCCCACCGUCCGGGACAUGUUCAACUCUCACCGGCUGGGGCUUGAGAGCUCGACCCUCAACGAGCAUCAGGUGAGCGGCAACACAAGCUGUCAGAUCCCCUAUAGAUCCACGCCCUCCAUAUACCGCCACGCCACCCCCUAUUCCUAUGACUGCACUAAGUAUUGAUUAGCAUUGACUCUCCCGGGUAGGCCAAUUAAACAGACUGCAUAAGGAAAUGCUUUUACAACCUCUAAGCGGACCUGGGAACCAAAGAGUUUAUAGACCCUUAAUCCUCUUCCAUCAUCCUUAAAUUCCAGACAAGUAAAUUCUACUUGAAAAGGGAUGUCUUUAAAAUAUAUAGAGAGCUAUCUAAACAAAGUGGCAAAUUUAUAUGCUAAAGUAUAGGAGGUCUCCGAAAAUAAGUUAUGGACCAAUAUCACAGCGAUCAUUAUGCGAUUAAAAAGAAAAGUAUAUAUUAUAUAUAUAAAAAUAUAUG